UACAUACUACCUGAUUAGGCACUCUCUCCCUGCCCGUCCUUGCUCACGUGUCCUGCCCUCACACACUUUUAUAUAUACGUUUCUCUCUCUGUGUCGAGAGCAACCUCCCUGUCGAAGCUGGUCGGUCCAGAACAACCACCACCAUGGCUGAGAGCGAGCUUACACCCAAGUUCGCUCCGUUCUUCGGAAUGGCAGGCAUAGCGUCAGCGAUGAUAUUCGGAUCGUUAGGAGCCGCAUAUGGCACCGCGAAGGCCGGCAUUGGAAUUGCGAAUGUUGGCACAUUUCGCCCGGAUCUUAUCAUGAAGUCGCUUGUACCAGUUGUCAUGGCUGGUAUUAUCGCGGUUUACGGACUGGUCGUCGCCGUUCUAAUAGCUGGUGACAUUGGAACCCCAGCACAAAAUUACAGUUUAUACGCCGGAUUUGUACAUCUUGCGGCGGGACUGUCCGUUGGCCUUGCAGGACUUGCGGCCGGCUACACCAUCGGGAUAGUCGGAGAUGCGGGAACACGAGCCUUCAUGCAGCAGUCGCGUGUAUUCGUGGGCAUGGUGCUGAUCCUGAUUUUCGGUGAAGUUUUGGGUCUCUAUGGUCUCAUUGUCGCAUUGAUCCUCAAUUCGAAGCGUUGAGGUUUGAGCACGUUCCCAGCAAUUUUUAAAUACUCUUCUUAGCAUCCUUUUCCUUUUUUUUUUUUUUUUUUCCUGCCCUUCUCUGCGGGAUAUAUGCACAAUUCCAUCAUUUCCUCGAUGUACAUUUUCGGCGCCUUAGCGGUUGAUCCUAUUUGGAAGGCCUUUUCAUUUGUGGUUCCUUUGUCUUUCUUGGGAUUCUGAGUUUAAUCUGGCGAGCUGGAGCAAUUCAAGUGAUAGACGUAAUUCUUGACAUGU